AUGGUUUGGACUGAUAAAAAAAUGCCUCGCAAAGAUCAUCAUAAAAAAACUCAAAAUAAACUUAAUGUGAAGCUUCGUUCAGACAAUAUAAAUUUGAAUAGAAACGAGAUCUUUACAAAAUGUUAUGAAUUAGAAAACUCUAAGCUUACCGCAUUGGAAACUCAAAUUGAAUCACUAAUUUCCAAAGUUAACCGAUUAGAAAAUGAUAAAAUUUUAUAUCAAACUGAAAAUAAUAAACUUAAAAAAGAAUUACAACGCAUUGCCAGCAGAUAUGACGACUCAACAAAUAACCUACCAGAACAAAUAACUGAAACAACAAGUAACCAGCCAUUACCAGUUAUCAACGUGGGGUUAGAGAAUCGAGCAGCAAGUGACGAGGAGGAAUCAAGUGAUUCAACAUGGUUGCCAGUUGAAUUCUCAGAACCAAGCACCGAAGAAAUUGCCAUCGGAGAACGAAAUAUAAAAGGUAGUUUCAUAUUAUGA